AACAUCGAGGAAGAGCAGAAAGCAUAAACGAAAAGAAACGGUACUUCCUUAACAAUUGUUUUUGUAAACUAGGAAAGAAACAGCGACAGAAAGCGAAGAUUGUUUUGCUCCUUUGCUAUGCACUAUUUGCAAAAAAAACAAAAAUAAAUGUGAUGAUAGUACCGAUUUUUUUUCGUUUAUGUUUUCUGUUGCUCGGUGGUUCGGCGUUCGCUUACCAUAGGGUCAGUCAAGUAAGUACCCAUGUAAGGAUUAGUGGGGAAGGUAGUUCAACUACGGUCAAUCGCCACCUCCAGUACUACAGGGAAGCUUAUGGAAAUGCUGUCAAUGCUCAAGGGCCCUCGACAGUUUUAGAAACGGAAGUGGAGCGCAUAAUAAAUGUUGAGGAAAAUGACCCAGUAGCCGAUUUACAGCCAAUGCAGCCUAACAAUGUACUUACAUUUUUGGCCGAUAGAAUUCAGCGGAAUCAACGAACUUGUAUGUCAGAUGCAAUAAGUGCCAUUAGGCAAUACAUUGGGGGAAAAAAUGCUGAUCAUGAUAUUGACCCAAUGGAGUACUGGAAGAUUAAAGCGCAACAUAUUAAGCACAUCGCACAGAGAGAAAAUUUAGUAAAGCUGGGGAAAUUAUGGGCACACAUCGAUCCCGCCUUAAAAUAAAAAAUGUGGAUAUCUUCCUGUUCUUAAAUAAAACCAUCUGGCUCCUAGAUGGAUAGCUUUAAUAUUAUAUUUGGUGAAGAUUUUAGGUUUAAGUUGUUUAAAUACU